CACAAGAUGUCGCCAGCUAACCACUUCCCGAAUUCGUCGGGCGACACGGUUUGCAGCGUGGUCCUCCAGCUGCUCGGCAGUCUCUCCCACAAUUGUUCUUGGAAGAAAUCCUGCGAUGUGAUUCGCCAGAAUUCGAGGCCGAGGCUCCUCGCGGCGAUGCUCCUCGUCGUUGCGAUUCUCGCCAAGGAGGAGAGCUCCGCGUCGUCAAAGAACCGCGACAAACGUCAACAGCUCGCAUUUCUGCGGAAGGGUGGUCGUCUGCCGCCAUAUGCGGUGCAGAUGGAACCAAUAGUGCAAUACUCACAGAGAGAUCCUUUGUACAAUCCCUUGGCGAGCCCGAAGAACGACGAUCUGUAUGAAGAGACCCCAUUGAGCUACUAUCCAACGGAACCCGAGCCGAUCAUCGAGAUCAUUAUCAAGGAAUCCAACGAGUCCCUCCCGACUCCGGUGCCACCACCGCUUCCAUCUCAACCGCGACCUACCAAGGAGCCUAUUCAGGUCUUUUACGUAAAGUACGAAAAGAAGAAAGGCUACGGAGAUAAGACGCGCGUUGUUUACGAUCCGCCGAUACCCGCGUUAACCCCCGUGGAGGAACAUGAGGAAAUCAAGCCGGAGAAUCCGGCGCCGUACGCGGAAGAACCGACGCAUACGGUGACACCGACCCCGCUUUUGGAACCGUCGACGACCUUACGCGCCAUUAUUCGACCCGACAGCGAAGUAUAUCAUUCUGGCAGCAGCGGCAUCCGAGUAACCUUCGGCACCGAGCAAGUACCGCCGAACAGUCAUAGCAAGCGCAGCGACCUGGAGGCGCCUGGAAACAGCGCUCAGCAACCCGUCAGCAAGCCGACGACGUCGCCGGGAGCGCCGAAGAGGCAACACGGCCCGUACCAGCCGCUGCAUCAGCCACCGCAACCCCCACGAGUGCCACCCGCGUUUCCGCAACAACGCAUUAUCAAUUCGUUCCCGCCGCAACUGCAGGCCACGACGUUCUUGCAACAGCAACAGCAGCAACCGCCGCCACCGCCGCCGCAAUCGCCGCAGCAUCAUCAACCAUUUCCACCUCAGCAAUCCUUAAGGAAUCUGCCACCGCCACCGCCACCGCCGCCGAGACCGUUACAGCGGCACCCUAUAACGAUUCAAGGUCUCCCGGAAGUGCAGCAACGCACGACGUUCAAUACCUUCGGUCCACCCCCGCAUCACGUCAACAUCAAUCAUCCGCAGCAACCGGGAUUCCCGUCUACGCUAUCGGUAUCGCAUCAGAGCGUUCACGUUCAGAAUCGACCGUUGUCAUUGCCGCAGAACAACUUUGCAGAACCGCCCCCACAGACAUUACCACUCAGACCUAGUGGCUUUAGCGCGGAACCGCCGCCGCAAUCACUGUCCAGACCGAAUAGCUUCAACGCGGAGCUUCCGCCGCAAUCGCUACCUCCGUUUAAGCAACAGGAAUUGGAAAAGCAACGUUAUCACGAGCAGCGACGGCAGCAAGAGUUGUUAAAGCAACGGGAGCAUCAACGACAGCACGAGCAGCAGCGGUUCUUGGAGCAGCAGAGACAGGCCGAGCAACAGAGAUUGCUGGAACAACAGAGGCAGCAGGAGCAUCAGAGGCAACAGGAGCACCAAAGACUUCAGGAGCAGCAACGCUUGCAGGAACAACAUCGGCUACAGGAACAGCAGCGAUUGCAAGAACAACAGCGAUUGCAGGAGUUGCAGCGUUUGCAGGAGCAACGCAAGCGGAAGCAGGAGCAGGAAUUCAAGUUCCUUCAAGAACAACAACGAUAUCGCACGCAGUUUAAAUAUAAUCAGGCCCAGUUUCAGCAGCCACAAUUGCAGCCGCAAUUACCGCCGCAACGACCGGGAGGUGAAAUUUUCAAGGCCGUACCAAAGUUGGAACAGCAUUACGCAAUCAGAGAAAAUCCUCUUCAUCCCGGUCCAUUCCCGCCAAAUCCCACAAUAGUGCAAUCAACAGCGUUUCCCGAAUCCCCUCAGAACUCCCAGUUAGUGUCCGUGCAACCGUUCAACGCUCUUCACGAUUCCCAACAGCUCUCCGCGAAUCACUUCGUCACCGGCGACAGCCUGCAGCAGCCAUUAAACACGCAGCAAUUGAGCCAUCAAUUAAGUACGAAGUUGGAAUCUCAUCAGAACAAUCAUCAUCAGAGCUUCCUCUCGCAGAAUCAUCCGACAACGUCGCAGCAACGGCCGCAACAAACGACCACUUUCUCUCAGCAGCAAUCGAUAUGGGGCCGACCGUUGUUCCAGAACAAUCCCACGCAGAAAAUCUACGCGACGCCGGUUAGCCCAUCCGACGACUUCAAUCCCGGCCCGUCGUCAACCGUUAGAACGUUCUCGCCAACCACAACCACGACCACCAGCACGACCACGAGCACGACCACGACGACAACUACCGAGGCGCCGACCACGACGACGCUCUCGCCGCACAAGGUCGCUAAGAUCCAGGAGAACAUCGCGAAUCUGCCGGACGAGGUGCCGGACGACAUCAGGGAACAGCUGCUGAGCUCCGGUAUCCUGGGGAACGCCGACAUUCAGAUCCUCGACUACGACAAGAUCGGCGACAUACCGAUUGAGAAACUACCGCCGGAGGCCCUGGCGAAUUUCUACGGGGCCGGGGGCGGUGCGGCGAUCGCCGCCGGCAGCGAACCGGUGCCGGCGGUCGUCAGGAGGCCCGCGACGAGGACCGCGCAGAAGAAGGCGACGACGAGCUUGACCGCCGUCACCGCCGGCAAGUUCGAGCAGGCCACGCUGCGGCCCGGCGGCGUCGAGAUGAAAGUAGUACGCUUCGAUCCGAAUACGGAGCAAGGCCGGGCCGUGGCGGAGCAGCACAUACGGGACGACGCGACCCGGCUCGAGCCGGUGACCGUGGGGCCGCGCGGGGAUGCCGCCGAUGCCGCAGCCGGCGCUCAGUACAAUCGUUAUCUGCCGCUUAAGGUGAGCGGCGCGUCCUUCCCGAUACCGGACGUGCCGGAGCUGAACGGCCGUAGGAUCUCGAGCGUCGUGGUGCUGGCGCCCGUCGACUACGACUUUCCCGGCGAGGAGAGGGAGAUCGCGGCCGCCGCGACGGAGGCGUCGUCGCAGCGACGCGGCAGGAAGGCCGGCGGCGACGCCGCGCAGCCGGUCAGGUUUCUCGCCGGCGACACCCUCAAGCAGCUCGUGAAGAAGCCCACGGCGGAGAACUACAAGAAGUGGCUCGAGCAGGAGAGCCACACCGAGCCGCAGAGGCAGUCCGUCGUGCUCCUGGUCACCACGCCGAGAGACGGUCAGGGUGACAAGGAAAUCUUCAUGUAUGACGUGACCUCCGGAUCCGUUAGCAGGUUGGCCGGUGAUCUCUCGACGGCCUUCGUGGACGCCGCUGAGAGCAACUCCGACGGCACCGACUCCAUCGACGACUCCACCUCCUCGACGUAUUAACUUAAUCUCUUUGGAAAAAAGAAACUUUCCAAUCCACGGCACUGGAAUUUUCUUUUCGGAGACUCUUAUAACACGGGGGGGGUAAUAUGUAAUAUCAAGAUUUUGUCUUUGUCUGUCUUUUGCGGAUAAAAAAAAAUUUUUGCAUUUUGCACGGUAUAACAUUUUUUUCGCGGGGCUUCUACUAAAUCGAGUUUAACUCUUUCGUCGUUUCGUCGUGACGAAGGCGAGAGGAUUGGUUCGUAGAUGCGAUAAUGUCAAUUAUAAACGCUGAUGAGAAAGAUGUAAAGAUGAAGGAGAAUCGCUGCGUGGCAAAUGACUUCGAGUAUCUUUGUAGAUAUCUUAAGUAUGUAUUAUUAUGUACAUAAAAAUAAUUUUGUACUUUUUUAUACGAAAUAAAAUGCAGUCUUUUUAUGUU